UUUAUCUGCUUUGGGUCAGUAAGCCCACUGUAGCAACCAUGAAGUGGACUGUGGUGUGGUUGUGUUUCUUCAGUUUUGCUGGUGCUACUCAAGCCGAGCAGGCUGACAACCAUGUCAACAACAUCUGCAGCACUUGGGGCAAGCAGCACUUUAAGACCUUUGAUGGUGAAGUGUUCCAGUUUUCUGGCUUGUGUGAGUACAACUUGGUCAAAGACUGCCAGAAAUCCGAGACGAAGUUUUCUGUCCACAUUAGAAGAGGAGAAAAUGAUGGAAAUAUUACAAUACGUUAUGUUGUGGUCACCAUCUCUGCAAAUACAUUCAACCUAACUGAGACUGAGGUCACUGAUAAUGGCAAUCCAGUCACUCUGCCACACUAUAGUGCGGGAGUAAAGGUGGAAGAAAGUACAUUUUACAUCAGGCUUCGAGCUACCAAAGUCGGCAUUAUAGUUAUGUGGAACCGUGAAGAUGCAGUCAUGGUGGAAGUUUCAAACAGAUACAAGAACCAAACUUGUGGCCUUUGUGGAGAUUUCAACGGCGUUCCUGUCUAUAAUGAGUUCAUGGAUAAUGGUUUUAAAAUAACUCCCAUUGAGCUUGGAAUCAAACACAGAGUCCAUCUGCCAAACGAUGAAUGCAAAGACCCUCAUGUGGAAGAUGAUAACCCAAAGACGAAUGUGUCAGAUUCAUGCAAAGCAUUUCAAACCAUCUGUGAAAAAAUAUUUGACGGGGAUUCCUGGAGUUCAUGCACCAGCCUGAUUAGUGCUGAAGCUUUCAUCAAGGCAUGUGUGGAAGACAUGUGUGCCUGUAACAACGGUACCAGUGACUCCUGUGUCUGCAGCACAGUGUCUGAGUUUUCUCGUCAGUGUUCGCAUGCAGGAGGACAGCCACCCAACUGGAGGAGACCUGAUUUCUGUGGUAAACAGUGUCCCUACAACAUGAAGUAUGAAGAAAGUGCUUUUCCUUGCAUGGAUACAUGUACACAUCAAGACACAAGAUUAGUGUGUGAGGACCAUAAAAUAGACGGCUGCUUUUGUCCUCCUGGAACGGUGUUUGAUAAUAUUUCUGAGAGGGGCUGCAUCCCUCUGUCUGAGUGUCAGUGCAAGCAUGACAAUAUCUACAACUCUGGAGAGGUUUACCGUCAUGAAAAAACAAACUGUACUUGUUCAGAGGGGAAGUGGGAGUGUGAGACUUUCGAGAACCCGGCUACAUGUGCAGUUGAGGAAGGUGUACAUUUCACAACUUUUGAUGGUGCAACCUAUAUCUUUCAUGGAGAUUGUGUUUACACCCUGGCCAAGGUGGAGAGCAAGGAUGGACUAAGUCCAAACUUUACUAUUCGGGCCCAGUUGGGACCAUGCGGAGAAAAAAAAAAUGUUAUUUGUCUAAAAGCUCUUAAAAUCCAUCUGGACGUAGAUAAUGUAUUAAUGUUUACAGCUGAGGGAAAAGUUCAACAGAAUAAGGAGGACAUCAGUUUGCCAUAUUACUCAGGGGACAUCAGAAUAUUUCAUGCUUCAUCCUUUCAUAUCAUGGUCAAAGCAAAGUUUGGCCUUCAAAUUCAGAUCCAGCGUGUUCCUGUUAUGCAAGCCUACAUCAGUCUGGAAAGCAGCUACAAAGAAAAGACACUUGGUUUAUGUGGAAACUACAACAUGGCUUUGAAUGAUGAUAUGAUGACUCCUCAAGGGAUCCUAGAAGGAACUGCUGUAACUUUUGGUAAUUCUUGGAAGGCCGAUCAAGGAUGCUCAGACGUAGGCAGAAUGCUUGAAGACCCCUGUUUCGACAGAGUGGAAACUGAGAAUUAUGCCAGACACUGGUGCGAAAUGCUCAGAAAUUCAACUGGUUCAUUUGCACAAUGCCAUUCAGUGGUGAAUCCUGACAAUUACUACAAGCGCUGCCUUUAUUCCACCUGCAGCUGUGAGAAAAGCGAAGACGGCUUAUGUGCCGUCUUCACCUCUUAUGGUCGAGCUUGUGCAGCAAAGGGAAAGUUUGUGACAGAUUUUGGAAACGAAUGUGAGAAACACACAAAGAGCUGUCCAUCAACUCAGAUCUUCACUUACAAUCAUCGGAGGUGCCAGCUGACUUGUAGUUCACUGAACUCAGAUCAGCAGAGCUGCACUUCACAUUUCUUGCCAGUGGUUGGCUGUUUCUGCCCUGAUGGUCUUUAUCUGAAUGAAAAAGACACUUGUGUACCCAAAGAAGAAUGUUCUUGCUCCUAUAAUGAAGAUUACAUUGAAGCAGGCACGUCUGUCAACAUCAAAUCUGAGCACUGUGUGUGUGCCAAUGGAAGGCUUCAUUGCCAUUCCUUGAAAAAGCAGAACAUAGAAUGUCCUUAUCCAAAAGAGUACUUCAACUGCUCCACUGGGAUGGCUGAUAACCAGAGAUCACACUGUGUUAAACGUUGUUUGAAUCUGGAUGAUGAUGUUUGUGAUGCAUCACAAUGUGUGUCUGGCUGCAUGUGUCCUGCUGGUCAGUUUGAUGAUGGUCAAGGCUCAUGUGUGCAAAAGACAGAGGAUUGUUCAUGCAAACACAAUGGUCAAUUCUAUAAGCCUGGAGUCACAGUUUACCAAGACUGUAACCACUGUAUUUGUAGAGGUGGGAAGUGGAAAUGUACAUCAAACAACUGCUCACGGAGCUGCAUUAUAUAUGGAAGUGGACAUCAUAAAACAUUUGAUAAGCAGUUAUAUGAGUUUCAAGGAGACUGUUCCUAUGUUGCUGUCAAGAACAAAUGUUCUAAUAAAACAGUAGAGGAUGAAAUUGAAGUCAUCACAGAAGAUGAACCAUGUGGAUCAUCGGGGACAACAUGUUCUAAAACUGUCAGGAUUCAGCUAGGGAAACAUGUGAUCAUCCUCUCAGAUGGCACUUUUAAAGAGAUAGUUUUAGAAAAUGGCACCGAAAUACCAUAUGAAAUAACAAAUCGAGGCUUCUAUGUUAUAGUACAUUCCAGCAUUGGUCUAAGAGUGACUUGGGAUCGCAAAACAUAUUUUGUAAUAACACUGGAACCAUCUUACGAGGGUGAAGUGUGUGGCUUGUGUGGAAACGUUGAUGGUAAUGGAGAGAACGACUUCACAACCCGGAGUGGGUUGGUAGUGAGCAGCCCAUUAGAGUUUGCAAACAGCUGGAAAGGGGACAGCUCUUGCUCAAAUGUGGAUAAGGUUAUUGAUGCUUGUGAAAAAACACCUCAUCGAGACCACUGGGCAAAAAUGAAGUGCAAAAUCAUAAAUGCAGACACAUUCAAAGAAUGCCACUCCAAGGUAGAGCCCCAACCGUUCUAUGAAAACUGUGUGAAAGACUCAUGUGCUUGUGACACUGGAGGAGACUGUGAGUGUUUCUGUUCAGCUGUUGCAGCUUAUGCUCAAGCUUGCAAUGAUGCUGGUGUUGCCAUUUCAUGGAGAACUCCAGAAAUCUGUCCCGUCUUCUGUGAUUUCUACAACUUCCACAAUGAACAAUAUGAUUGCUUAUGGCACUACCAUCCAAGUACUCCAAAGACAUAUAUGGAUUGUUCAAGCUUUUCUGGUCAAAGAUUUGAAGGUUGUUAUCCUAGUUGCCCAGAGGAAGUCCCAAUAUUUGAUGAAAAACAAAACAGAUGUGUGGAAGGAUGUACUACAACCACUACAACCACAACUACCACAACAACUACACCCACAACCACAGAAUCAACCACAACUACCACAACAACCACAACAACUACACCCACAACCACAGAAUCAACAACAACCACUUCAACCACUACUACCACAACAACUACACCCACAACCAUAACUUCUACAUACACAUCAAGCACUCCACCCCCAUGUGAGUGGUCAGAAUGGUAUAAUGUACACAAUCCAAGUGAUGAUAAAAAUGACUUUGAAACAUAUGACAAUAUUAGAAAACAUAAUAAAUCGGUGUGUGACAACCCUGAAAAAAUUGAUUGUAGAUCAGCUGAAAACCCAAAGAUGGACUUUGCAGAGUAUGUGAAGUCAAAUGAGCAGAGACUUACUUGUAAUGUAAGUACAGGUUUAGUCUGUAAAACUGUUGACCAAAAAUAUCAUAAAAAAUGUUUGGAUUAUGAGAUAAGGGUAUGUUGUGUAGGUACCACUACAACCAGUACAACCACAACUACAACCACCACAACUACACCCACAACCACAGAAUCAACAACAACUGAAACACCAACUACAACCACUUCAACCACAACUACCACAACAACCACAACAACUACACCCACAACCACAGAAUCAACAACAACUGAAACAACAACUGAAACACCAACUACAACUACUACAACCACAACUACCACAACAACCACAACAACUACACCGACAACCACAGAAUCAACAACAACUGAAACUACAACUGAAACACCAACUACAACCACUACAACCACAACUACCACAACAACCACAACAACUACAACCACAACCACAGAAUCAACAACAACUGAAACAACAACUGAAACACCAACUACAACCACUUCAACCACAACUACCACAACAACUACACCCACAACCACAGAAUCAACAACAACUGAAACACCAACUACCACCACUUCAACCACAACUACCACAACAACCACACCAACUACACCCACAACCACAGAAUCAACAACAACAACUGAAACACCAACUACAACCACUUCAACCACCACAACUACCACAACAACUACCCCCACAAAAUCAACAACAACUGAAACACCAACUACAACCACUUCAACCACAACUACCACAACAACUACACCCACAACCACAGAAUCAACAACAACUGAAACACCAACUACAAUCACUUCAACCACAACUAUCACAACAACCACAACAACUACACCCACAACCACAGAAUCAACAACAACUGAAACUACAACUGAAACACCAACUACAACCACUUCAACCACAACUACCACAACAACCACAACAACUACACCCACAACCACAGAAUCAACAACAACUGAAACACCAACUACAACCACUUCAACCACAACUACCACAACAACCACAACAACUACACCCACAACCACAGAAUCAACAACAACUGAAACACCAACUACAACCACUUCAACCACAACUACCACAACAACCACAACAACUACACCCACAACCACAGAAUCAACAACAACUGAAACACCAACUACAACCACUUCAACCACAACAACCACAACAACUACACCCACAACCACAGAAUCAACAACAACUGAAACAACAACUGAAACACCAACUACAACCACUUCAACCACAACUACCACAACAACCACAACAACUACACCCACAACCACAGAAUCAACAACAACUGAAACACCAACUACAACCACUUCAACUACAACUACCACAACAACUACACCCACAACCACAGAAUCAACAACAACUGAAACAACAACUGAAACACCAACUACAACCACUUCAACCACAACUACCACAACAACCACAACAACUACACCCACAACCACAGAAACAACUACACCCACAACCACAGAAUCAACAACAACUGAAACACCAACUACAACCACUUCAACUACAACCACUUCAACCACAACUACCACAACAACCACAACAACCACAGAAUCAACAACAACUGAAACUACAACUGAAACACCAACUACAGCCACUACAACCACAACUACCACAACAACUACACCCACAACCACAGAAUCAACUGAAACACCAACUACAACUAUAACCACUAUAUCGACAACUACCACACCAACCACCACAACUACACCAACAACCACCGAAUCAACUGUAACUACACCCACCACAUGUCCACAGUGGGGUGUGCAGCAAAAUGAGACGUUUUAUGUUUGCAACUGCACCAUGGCAAGAUGUAUUGGAGGCAAUAACAUUGAAAUAGUUCCAUAUGAAUGCCCAUCUAUAAAGCCCAUAACCUGUGCCAAUGGGAAAGACCCUGUUCUUGUAUACGAUGAUUAUCAUUGCUGCCAACAUUAUGAAUGUGACUGUGAAUGCGAAGGCUGGGGAGAUCCUCAUUACAUUACUUUUGAUGGCAAAUACUACAGUUACCAAGGAAACUGUACCUAUUAUUUGAUGAAAGAAAUUACACCAAUGCAUGGCUUAGAAAUUUUAAUUGAAAAUGUCCAUUGUGACCCUACUGAAGAUGUUUCCUGUCCUCGAGCUUUAAUUGUAAAUUAUGGAGCACAAAGUAUCAAACUGAUCAACUUUAAUCUUGGCGGAACACCUAAUUUGAAGGCAUUUAAAAAUGAAGAUGUAGAAAAUCUAAGGCUCCCUUAUUGGAAAGAUGGUAUUAAGGUGAUGAGCAAUAACGUUAACUUGGUGUUAGAGAUCCUACGUCUAAAGGUGGUUGUUAAAUUUGGAAGAACUGGCUUCAGUAUCAAUCUUCCAUAUAAUUACUUUGGAGGAAACACACAGGGUCAUUGUGGAACUUGCUCCAACAAUCAAGAUGAUGACUGCAGAUUGCCUAGCGGUAAAGUAGCAGAAAAUUGCGGUGUGAUGGCUGACGACUGGCUUGUGAAGAAAGAUGAGGGAAAAGCUGGCUGCAUACCUAAACGUAAUCCUCCCCAGAAACCAUGCACACCAAAUCCAGAUUCUGUUUGUGAACUGCUUAAGGACCCCUCAGGUGCCUUUGCUCAAUGCCAUUCCCAGAUCUCUCCAGUCAAUUUCUACAAAGGAUGCGUUUUUGAUAGCUGCUAUGUUCACAACCGGGCAGUGGAGUGCACAAGUUUGGAGACUUAUGCUGCUGCUUGCGCUGAGAUUGGAAUUUGUAUUGACUGGAGGAAGUACACUAAUAUAUGUGCCAACAACUGUCCAUCAGGCAAAAUUUAUAGAUCCUGUGGACCUGCAGAGCAACCAAGCUGUGAGGACAAUCCUAACGAUCCAGUCAUGAACUACACUACUGAGGGCUGCUAUUGUCCUGAAGGAAUGAAACUGUUCAGCAAAGAAUCAAAUAUUUGCGUUAAAAGUUGUGGGUGUCUUGAUCCCAAUGGGAAGCCCCGUGAGUUCAACGAGACAUUUGAAUACAAAUGUCAGACCUGUGUGUGUGACAGGUCCACCAAAACUGUGAUCUGUACGCCUAAGACGUGCCCACCCACUGCUUUACCAAAAUGCAUGGGUCCAGGAUAUGUUCUUGUCAAUCAAACUGAUCCAUCAAAUCCCUGCUGCAAUGUCCAUGUUUGCCAAUGUCAGAGCCACGCUUGUCCGGACAUCGACAUGAACUGCAACGUUGGCUUUAUGCCAAACAUCAGUGUUCCAGAGGGAAAAUGCUGUCCAGAACGUACAUGUGAACCCAAAAAAGUCUGUGUGCUAAAUUCUGUUGAAUAUCAGCCUGGUUCUUCUGUUCCUGGCCAAAAAUGUGAGAACUGCAUCUGUUCCUCAAGCUCUUCUUCUGGUGGCCUGAUGGAAAUAAAGUGCAAGAAGCAACAGUGUGAAGAAACAUGCAGGAGGGGAUUCGAAUAUGUAAAAACCAAUUCAGAUGAGUGCUGUGGGACGUGUGUGCAGACCCGGUGUGUGUUCACUGUUAAUGGCAAUGAGACACUCUUAAAGGAAGGAGAAACCUGGUCACCACCAGAAAAUAAGUGUGAAAGUAAGACUUGUGUUAAGAAUGGUGAGACUUUUACAGUCACCAAUAAACAAAUCAUUUGCCCAGUAUUCCAAGAGAGAAACUGCAAGGAUGACACAAUUCAGACGGCAGCAAAUGGUUGCUGCAAAAUCUGUGUGGAAAAGGAAAAGGCCUGCAGACUGGUUAACCAGACGACUCCUGUCAACCACAAUGGCUGUCAGUCUGAGUUGAUUAUGCCGUCAUGUGAAGGAUCAUGCGACACUUUCACCAAAUACUCUGAAGCAGCAGGUGCUAUGGAGCAUUCCUGCUCCUGCUGUAAGGAGAGACGCACCAGCAACCGCACUGUUACGCUGGACUGUAAAAGUGGUGGGCACGCCCAGUUCACUUAUGUGCAUGUGGAGGAGUGUGGCUGUGGUCACACAGAGUGCACCACACCUGCUGCACUGCACGUUCGCAGAAAGCGACGCUUCACACUGCAGUGACCCAAUCCUCUGUCCUCACAUGUGGGAUACAAAUGUAUCUCCAAGAAUCAUUUAAUUAAUCAUUAAAUCUCUAAUAAGGUAUAGCAUACUUUGUGGAGUUCAUUUAUCAGUUGAUUAAAUAAAA